CAGACAGCACAGAGCUGCAGAGUGACGGCGAUCAGGAGGAAGUCGAGUUUCUCAUCAGGUGACUGCAGGUUUGGACCAACAUGGAAAGGAUCAGUGAGGGACCAGACUCCCCUGAACCUGAACCUGGAGCCAGCUGUGUGUCUUUGAGGAGUGAUUGGUCAAAAAGUGUGGAGAUCAACUUUAAAGGAUCAAAAAGUUCUGCUGCUGACAAAGUCGAUCAGCAGAGCUCAGAUGUUUUGAAUCUCCAGCAUCACCAGCAGCAUCAAACUGAUCUGGACCAAAUAUUUAUGAGGCUGGAGGAGAACAUGUUCAUGUUUGAGAGGAAUGAGCUACAGAAGAUGAAGAGUUUUCUGAAUCCAGAUUACCCAGAAUCCUCAGAGUGUCAGAGCGAGGAUGAGGAGGAGUUGGACAGUGAGGAAGAGAAGCAGAGGAAAAGCAGUAAAGAAGCAUUUCUGAAACUCACAGUUAACUUCCUGAGGAAAAUGAACCAGAAUGAGCUGGCUGACCGUCUGCAAAACAAAAACCCAGAUCCAGUUUUUGAGUAUCAAUUUAAAUCUAACCUGAAGAAGAAGUUCCAGUGUGUGUUUGAGGGGAUCACCAAACCAGGAAACUCAGUCGCUCUGAAUCAGAUCUACACAGAGCUCUACAUCACAGAGGGAGGAACUGAAGGAGUCAAUGAUGAACAUGAGGUCAGACAGAUAGAAGAAUUUUCCAGAAAACGAGGCAGACCAGAAACAUCAGUCAGAUGUGAAGACAUCUUUAAUCCCACAGUGAGGAGAGAUAAACCAAUCAGAACAGUGCUGACAAAGGGAGUCGCUGGCAUCGGGAAAACAUUCCUAACACAGAAGUUCACUUUGGACUGGGCUGAAGAUAAAACCAACCAGGACAUCCAGUUCAUGUUUCCAUUCACUUUCAGAGAGCUGAAUCUGCUGAAGGAUAAAAAGUUCAGUUUGGUGGGACUUGUUCAUCAUUUCUUUACUGAAACUAAAGAUGGAAGACUCUACAGCUUUGACAGCCUCAAGGUUGUGUUCAUCUUUGAUGGUCUGGAUGAGUGUCGACUUCCUCUGGACUUCCACAGCACUGAGAUCCUGACUGAUGUUAGAGAGUCCACAUCAGUGGAUGUGCUUGUGAUAAACCUCAUCAGGGGAAAGUUGCUUCCUUCUGCUCACAUCUGGAUAACCACACGACCUGCAGCAGCCAAUCAGAUCCCUGCUGAGUGUGUAGACAGGAUAACAGAGGUCAGAGGGUUCACUGACCCACAGAAGGAGAUGUACUUCAGGAAGAAAUUCAGAGAUGAGGAAAAGGCCACCAACAUAAUCUCCCACAUUAAGAGAUCACGAAGCCUCCACAUCAUGUGCCACAUCCCAGUCUUCUGCUGGAUCACUGCUACAGUUCUGGAAAAUGUAUCAAAACCCAGAAAGGAAGAAAAACUGCCCAAGACCCUGACUGAGAUGUACAUCCAUUUCCUGGUGGUUCAGACCAAAAUGAAAACCAUAAAAUAUGAUGGAGAAGCUGAGUCAGAUCCACACUGGAAUCCAGAGAACAAGAAGAUGAUUGAGGCUCUGGGGAAACUGGCUUUUGAGCAGCUGCAGAAGGGCAACCUGAUCUUCUAUGAAUCAGACCUGACAGAGUGUGGCAUCAAUAUCAGAGAGGCCUCAGUGUACUCAGGAGUGUUCACACAGAUCUUUAAAGAAGAGAGAGGGCUCUACCAGGAGAAGGUGUUCUGCUUCAUCCAUCUGAGUGUUCAGGAGUUUCUGGCUGCUCUUCAUGUCCAUCUGACAUUCACCAACUCUGGUGUCAACCUGCUGGAAGAAGAACAAACAGCAUCAGUGCCGACUGAAGAGCCUUCAGUGAGACGCUUCUACCAGAGUGCUGUGGACAAGGCCUUAGAGAGUCCAAAUGGACACCUGGACUUGUUCCUCCGGUUCCUCCUGGGCCUUUCACUGCAGACCAAUCAGACUCUCCUACGAGGUCUGCUGACACAGACAGGAAGCAGCUCAGAGACAAAUCAGGAAGCAGUCCAGUACAUUACAGAUAAGAUAAGUGAGAAUCUCACUACAGAGAAAAGCAUCAGUCUGUUCCACUGUCUGAAUGAACUGAAUAAUGACUCAAUAGUGAAGGAGAUCCAACACCACCUCAGCUCAGGAAACCUAGUCAAUCUUUCGCCUGCUCAGUGGUCAGCUCUGGUCUUCAGCUUACUGUCAUCAGAAGAUCGUCUGGAUGAGUUUGACCUGAAGAAAUAUUCAGCUUCAGAGGAGGCUCUACUGAAACUGCAGCCAGUGAUCAAAGCCUCCAAGAAAGCUCUGUUGAGUGGCUGUAACCUCACAGAGAGAAGCUGUGAAGCGCUGUCCUCAGUUCUCAGUUCCCAGUCUUCUAGACUGAGAGAGCUGGACAUGAGUAACAACAACCUGAAUGACUCAGGAGUGGAGCUGCUCUGUGCUGGACUUAAGAGUCCACACUGUAAACUGGAAACCCUCAGGCUGUCAGGCUGUCUGAUCACAGAAAAAGGCUGUGAGUCUCUGGCCUCAGCUCUGAGCAGCAACCCCUCCCAUUUGAAAGAGCUGGACCUGAGUUACAAUCAUCCAGGAGACUCAGGAAUGAGGCUGCUAUCUGCUCUGCUGGAAGAUCCACCUGAGCAGACAGAUGGACUCACAGAUGGAAACUGUGUCAAACUGGAAAAACUCAGAAUGAAGCCUGAAGGGGCCCAGUGGUUGAGACCAGGUCUACGGAAAUAUUUAUGUGAUCUGACUCUGGAUCCAAACACAGCACACAGAAACCUCAAACUGUCUGACAACAACAAGAAGGUGAUGUACGUGGAAGAGAAGCAGUCAUAUUCUGAUCAUCCUCACAGAUUUGGUCACUGGCAUCAGGUGUUAUUUACUAACAGGCUGACUGGUCGCUGUUACUGGGAGGUUGAGUGGAAAGGAGAAGUUCAUAUUGCAGUAACUUAUGAAGGAAUCAGUCGAGAAGGAGACGAUGAUGAUGGCAGGUUUGGUAGAACUUAUCAGUCUUGGAGUCUCUACUGCCGUGAUGGUGUUGGUUACUUUGGAAGUCACAAUUAUUUAUCAAGAGCCAUCCCCAUCAUGCCCUCAACUGACUCUCACAAAGUAGCAGUUUAUGUGGACUGUGAUCUCGGCACUCUCUCCUUCUACAGUGUCUCCAACACUCUGAUCCAUCUUCACACCUUCAACACCACAUUCACUGAUCCAGUAUUUGCUGGAUUUAGAGUGAAGCCACCCGACUCCAGCAUCAGUAUCUGUGCUGACUCAGAAGAAUGAAUUUGCUGAAUGUGCUCAAUGUCACAGUCUCCAAGUAAAAUCAAAAUACUUUGCUGUUCUCUAGUUAAUAUUAACAAAAAGAAACACAUGUAAAGAGG